AUGCAUAGUACUUUGAGCCCGAUAACCAGAUGGUUGCCGCGCACUGAAGGAGACGCAUGGCGCCCGCAGCAGAAGCUCGAGCUUCCAACGACAACCGUGCCGCUCUGCUUUGACAGCCCCGCCACGAGCAUAUAUAUAGGGUCACAUCCCGCUCACAAUCAACACCACACUGACGGCACUGAAAUGGGCAAGCUCUCGUACGUAGCGGCAAACGCGAUCGUGUGGCCCACCUACGCGGUGAUGCUGGCAGUUGCUUCCGUGCUGGCCUACCGGCUGCGCAAUGUGCGCACGUUCCUGUCCGCAAACGGGACGCAGAAGGCCGUGCCGCUGGCGCUGAACUUCAUCGCGUCGGGCCUCGGCUGCGGCGUGCUGCUCGCGUACCCGCAGAUGGCCAACGUAGCCGGGCUGCAGGGCCUGCUGGUUUACGUGCUGACGUCCGCGCUGCCGAUGUACGUGUUCGCGUUCUUCGGCCCGCUCAUCAAGCAGACGUGCCCGGACGGCUUCGUGCUGACCGAGUGGGUGCUGCGGCGCUUCGGGCGCGUGGCCGCGCUCUACCUCAGCGCGUGCACGAUCCUCACGCUCUACCUGUUCAUGGUGUCGGAGAUUGUCUCGCUGCGGCUCGCCGUCCAGGCGCUCUCGAACAUCAAGCCCAUCCCCGUCGUCGUCGUGCAGUGCGUCGUCACGACCAUCUACACAGCCAUCGGCGGCUUCCACAUCUCGUUCGUCACCGACUCGCUGCAGGCCACGGUCGUGCUGCUGCUGGUCGUCGUCGGCGCCGUCGCGGUCGGCACGUCCGUCAAGAUCGACCCCGCGCGCAUCGGGCCCUCCGGCCUGCUGCGCCCCUCGCGCCUCGGCUGGCAGCUCGUCUACAUCCUCACCGUCGCCAUCUUCACCAACGACUUCUUCAUGUCCGGCUUCUGGCUGCGCACCUUCGCCGCGCGCUCCAACCGCGACCUGCUGCUCGGCUGCUCGCUGGCCGCCGUGCUGCUCGCCGUCGUGCUGCUGCUCGUCGGCGUCACCGGCCUGCUCGCCGUGUGGGCCGGCUACGCGCCGGUCGCAGACCUCGACAGCGCCAGUUUCUUCCUGCUGCUCGCCGCGCUGCCCGCCUGGGCCAACGGCGUCGUGCUCGCCCUCGUCGUCGUGCUAUCCACCUGCACGCUCGACUCCUUCCAGAGCGCACUCGUCUCCACCAUUUCCAACGACCUCUUCCGCAACCGCCUGCCCCCGCUCUACGCGCGCGCCGCCGUCGCCGUCGUCAUGGUCCCCGUCGUCGUCGUCGGCCUGCUGGCCACCGACAUCCUGGCCAUCUACCUCAUCGUCGACCUGCUGUCCGCCGCCGUCGUCCCCGUCAUGCUGCUGGGCUUCUGGCCGCGCGCCGCGCGCCUGUCUGCCUGGGAGCUGAUCGGCGGCGGCCUCGGCGGCCUGCUCUGCGUCUUCGUCUUCGGCGCCAUCUACUACCGCUCUGCCCGCGAGGGCGGCCGCCUGCUGAUCAUUGCGAACGGCCUCUACGUCGACGACUGGGGCACCUUCGGUGCCAUGGUCGUCGCCCCGCUGGGCAGCCUGCUCUUCGCGGCGAUCAUCUUCGCGCUGCGCACCGCCGUUGGCCGCGCGCGCCCGGGACUACUCAAGGUACGCGCCAGGGCCGACUCCGACAAGCUCUUUGCAGCCUCGCCCCGCACUUCCCUUACAUAA